UCAAAAAAUGAAAGGAAGCAAGGAGAAGCUAUCCAUGGAAAAAUACAUGGAUUUUGUUUUCUCUCAUCAGCCAUCACAUCUCAAAAAGCAUAUUCUCAAUCAGAUCAUCGCCAUGCAUGGUUUCAAGAAAAUCACCAAAGGUUCCCAGAGUGUGUUAACCGAUGUUGCGCGGACAUUGAAUCUGAUGGAUCCAUCACGCUCCACUCUGAAAGAGAAAAUCUCGCCAUGCGCAUCUAUCACUCUGAACGAAAUAACGACUGACCUAAACAACCUUGCUUGGGGCGAGUGCUGUGUCACUUCCAUCAGUGUCAUAAACAACACUAACACCGACGCCGACACCGACACGAACGCCUCUCAGCUGUCAGAAUCUUUUGCAGGUAACUGCCGAGAUUCUUCUGCUUCUACGUCGUCGUAUUUCGGAUCUGAGAUCGGUGAAGUAGCGACGAAAAAGGUGACCAAAAGGAAGAGAUCAUCCACUUGAUUGAGUUUUCCUCCGUUGAUUGAUUUCGUUAUGUUGUGGUUUUUGAGUUUUGAAGUACUUUUGGUGUUUCGGCGGGAAUCCUCUGAGACAAUUUUAAUUACUGAUUCAAAUUUAUGUUUCUAAAUGUAGAUGAAAUUCUUAA